CCGCUCCGAGCCGGAACUCGCUGCUGCCUAUCUGAAGGCGGACGAGGGGAGGCCGGGAGAAGGACAGAGCCCAAAAGAAGGAAAGAGCCCGGAGCGCCGGCCCUGGGGCCGCGCCAUGGUGCUGCCGCGGUAGCGCCGGCACCUGCCAUGGGGAACGCGGGGCGCGGCGGCGGCACCUCCCGAUCCCGGCGAGCCGUGCCGCGCCCUCGCCCCGCCCCCGGGCGGCGCAGCGGUCGCGGGCGGGGCCCGGCCCGGCGAGCCGCAGCACGGGCAGCGCGCUGUGCGGAGCCGCGGGGCCGUGCGGGACGGGAACAUAAUGGAGUCUCAUAACUCUGACAGCCUUCGCAAGAGUAAAUCACCAGCUUCUGGAAGUGAAGACGAGAUUGAGUUCAUUGGAGAAGGACCUUUAAGGCCUGUCCUUGAAUGCAUUGAUCUCGUCAGCAGUGAGGAUGAAGAACCUAACAGCAGUUCUUAUUUUCGUAGAAAUACUAAACGUAAGGAUCACAUUGACUAUCAGAAGGAACGAGUUGCAUCGACCCUGGAUCGUCUGGCACGCCAUGUUGAAGUAGAGAAACAGCAAAAAGAAGAGAAAAACAAAGCCUUUAAGGAAAAAGUUGAUUCCCAAUAUGCUCAUGGGUUGCAAGAACUAGAAUUUAUUCGGGAACACAGUGAUACAGAAGCUGCAAGAUUAUGUGUAGACCAGUGGUUAAAAAUGCCAGGUCUGAAACCAGGCUCUGUUAAUGGAGGAAGAAGGGAUAUUUUUAAGAGGACCGGUCCGAGUCGAGUCAACAGCAGUCCCAAAUGUUGUCCUGUGAUGCAUUGCAACAGACAGUUUGAUAACGUACAUCUUCUUCUGGGUCACCUUCAAAGGUUUGAUCAUUCUCCUUGUGACCCAACAGUCACAUUACAUGGACCCCCACAUAAUGCUUUUGCCUGUGUGAUAUGCUGUGAAAGAUUUUCAACCUCUCAGCAGUACAGUGAACAUCUUUUAUCUAAGCUAAAUAAAAAUGAUGGGCAUAAAAAAGGUAUUCCUCCACAGCAUAUUCAGUGUUUUGCAUGCCCAAACUGCUUCCUCCUUUUCACCAAAAGAGAUGAGUGUUGGCAGCAUAUGUCACAGGAGAAACACUUCGCCCAGGUUCCUGAACGGAGUGAUGCAACGAAGUCUGGCCAUCCACUACCUUUCCCAUCUUUUGCAAAGAACCUCUUGAUAUCUCUGUGCAAAGAGGUCUCCUUCCAAGUGAAGUGUAUGUCCUGCUUCAAGAUACUGCGCUCACAUAUGGAAUUAACAGCUCAUUUCAGAACACGUUGUUAUAAUUCUGGGCCCAUGGCACUGUCAAAAAAAAGCAUCUCCCAAGUUGCAGAGAUAUUUAAAAUGAAAGGUUACUGUGAGAACUGUGAUGAACUGUUUGCUGAUAAGAAUCAAAUGACCCAACACGAACAAACCACUCAGCAUAACAUUAGAGUUUUUACUACACUGGAAGAGUCAAUCUUGAUGUUCUGCCAUGUCAAUGGAAAACAUAAAAAUCAGUCUCAUUUGGCCUACAUUGUGGAACGGUCAAGACCACUGCUUAAAAGACAUUUGAGUCCAGAUGAGUCCUCCAGUGAAAUGGGGUCUAGCCCUUCAAAACGCAAGAGUAAUUCAGAAGAUAAAAGUGAAGAUAAAGUUGCAAACCAAAGUCAAGGUAGUGCUUCCAAAGUAAAAGCCUGGUUUUGUGAAUGCCUUCAAAAGUUUUCUACAGAAGAGUCUGUAGAAAAGCACAUUUUAUCGGCAAAUAGGAUCUGUCACAAGUGUGCUGUGUGUGGAAAGCUGGCUGAAAAUUCAAGCAUUAUCCGCCUGCAUAUGAGUCGAUUCCAUGGAGGAGCACACUUGACUAAUUUUCUUCUCUGGUGCAGAGCAUGCUCUGUAGAUCUUAGAGAAGAGGAUAUUAUGAGACACAUAACUGAAAAUCAUGGUGGGCAUAGUUACUACUAUGAGCAAGAAGCUGUAGAAGAUGAGCCUAUGCCAUCUGCUUCUGAUGCAGUGAGCAUUUCUGCAGGUGGAGAUGAAGACUGCAUUUCUGGCCCUGUGGAAGUGUCCCCUAAAAGUGGUCCUGUUGUGGGAAAAUGGCAGUGCCGCAUUUGUGAGGAGAUGUUUGAGUCUGAAGAGAGUGUUCAACAACAUUGCAUGUCCUUAGAAAGCCAUGCAUUUCACAGGUACUCAUGUGGCAUAUGUAGAAAUCAUUUUCGGAAAGUAGGAACUCUACAGCGACACUUCCAAGAGCAUCAUAAUCAGGAGAUGCAGACUAAAUACUUCUGUGGCCUUUGUGGUAAUCUCUUCUUCAACACAGAGGAAGAAUUUCUAAUCCAUUACAAGGCGCUUCAUAGCAUGGACUAUACAUUUGUGCCUGAGCAGAUGGAACUGUCGAUAAAAAAAGAUGAGGACUUCCUCCCAGUCGAGCAGGGAGACCGCUUAACCUGUGGUUGCCGGACAACUUACAUCUCCAAAAUAAACAGGAGGAACGAUCAUGAGAACUGUCAGAAGGCCAUGCUGCAGAAGGGAAACUUAUGGUUUCGAUGCUGCUUGUGUUCUGCAACGGCACAGAAUAUUGCUGAUAUGAACAGCCAUCUCAAGAGUCACAAGUCAGUAAAAUCUAAGGGAGAGAUGUAUGUUGUUAGAUGUGCUGCAUGCAGCAAGAACUUUGAUGAUCUUCAAAGCGCGCAUCAGCAUUAUCACAUGAAACACUGCUUCUUGCAGAAACCUGAUCUGUCAAGUCUUGCAUCAGAAUCAGAAGACACAGUAUUCAAGUUUUCAGCAAGUGGGGCUUGUGUGGUCAGAAAACCCCAUAGGCAACGAUUUCAAACAUCUCCAUCCAAAAUUCAGGGCAGACCACAGUUUUCUUCUCUGCAGAGCCCAAGAGAGGGAAAGAAAAUAAAAACUGAGGACUUACAACAGCCUGAAGAAUUUAGUGAAAAUGGUGAACUUCCUGAUCUUGACUAUCUGAGUACCAUGACUCACAUUGUGUUGGUGGAUCUGGACAACUGGGGAAGCUUUUUCACACAGCUGCCAGCUAACCUGAACCAAGGGACGUUUAUCUGGGGUUUUCAAGGAGGAUACAGCAACUGGAAGCCUCCAGUGCAUUGCAAAAUUUACAAUUAUCUUAAGAGGAUUGGAUGUUUCUUUCUUCAUCCGCGUUGCAGUACCAGAAGAGAGGCAGCAGACUUUGCUCUCUGUGUUCAUGCCGGUCGUCUGGAUGAGCACCUGCCCAAGCAAAUUCCUUUCACUGUUCUUUCUGGAGACAAAAGCUUCCUGGAACUGGAAAACCAGUUUAAAAUGACCCAGCGGUCAGCUCGCAUCCUGAAUCCUCACCACAUUGAAGGAGACAUGAUGUGUGCCUUGCUAAACAGCAUUUCAGAUACCACAAAAGGUUCAGAUAGUGAAGAGGAUGAAGAUAUGAAAGAAACACUGAAGCAGAGCUUAGAAGAAACAAACAAACAAGAAGAACUGCUAGAUGCAGAACUGCAAGAUGCAGAACUGCAAGAAGCUAUCAAAAGGAGCCUUGAGGAAAUGUAAAUGAAGAUACUUCAGUACACUAACACCAUGCCAUCAGAACUGCUCACAAAAAAGGAAGCUUGUUCCAUUUAUUUACAAGGGUUCAGAAAUGCCACUUUUGAAAUGUCUUUAAUUGUUAGAUUAAUAAUCUGAUGUCCUCUGUCAUAUUGAUGAACAGCUGGAGUUUAUUCAUAUUCACAGCAAUGUGUUAUGUUUGAUAAAAAGAAAUUUUUAAGCCUUUUCAUAUUUGUUUCUAAGGGGUGAUGACUAAGUCUCUACAAUUUAGCAGUUUGAAAUUGUUGCCUAAUUAGUAGGCUGGUCUUACUAGGUAUUUUGGGGUUCCUGGUUGUUCAGGUUUCUUUUCUUGAAUUGGUUCUUGUAUUUAAUUUUUUUGUCACAAAAUGUCAUUGUCUUUAUUUACUUUUUUGUGUAGUCUUUGCAACAGAUAAAAAUAGUAAACUCCAGUUAUUUCAGAUUUGCCUGGCUAAUCUUGUUAUAAAGAGAAGCUUAGAUCCCAGGGUUGUUGAACACAUGGCAUAACUCUUGCCUCUGGCUGGUUUUACUUCAUAGGCCAUAAUUUUGUCUCUGUCCUGUUUAUUUUAAAUGUCUGAAUCAGGACCACAAGCUUUACAGUUAGUUUACCAGCUUUUUUUGUAAAUGUGUUUGCUUUUUUAAAAGUGGUAUUUGGGUUUGAUGGCUUAAAGUUCAAUGACUUCAUUGCCUCUCCCUUACCUGAGGCAGGAACAACCUUUUAAGGGACAGAAUCUAAAUAAACUUCCUAGUUUCUGUUUGGACUAUGUCGCGGCGUGGGUGGCUAUGUGCCCCCAGGCCCGGCGACAGCGACGACAGGGGCGCGACAGAUCCCCCUGGCAGACCCCGCAGAAUUCCAGUUGCCAGCGGAGGUUUGGCACAGAUGAACAAAGAGGCAGCAGCACGGGUCUUGGGGUCGGAACAUGGGUAGCUUUAUUUAGCAACAAAACUCCCCAGAUCCAAGGUCCCAAGACCCUGAACCAAGGGCAGGCAUUAACUUAAAAACAGGGGCAGUCUUGGGGGAGGAUACAAUUUUUAACCAAUGGGGAAGACUGAGGGUGGAACACAAAGUGGGGCAAUACAAUCUGUAAAACAAUAGAGGACCUUAAGGGAGGGGAAAGGCUUAAGCAAACCAAUGGGGUUUCAAAGGAUACAAAACUGACACAGAAGGUUCUGGAGGGAAGGGCAGGCUUAGGGAAGGAUUGACAUCUAAGAAGGGGGGGACAGGGAAGGCUUUGGGGGAAAAAAGGGUAGGGACAAGAGGGAUUGACAACUUGCCAGGGAGUGGCCAGGCAACAAACAAGAACUGACAGUUAACUGAGGUGAAUAACAACGAAGAAGCAAGUCUAAGUUUAGCAACAUAAGAUACAAAAUGGGGAAACUGUGCCACUCCAAAGGCAGGGAGAAAAACACAGAGUGAUUAAAAAACCACAAAUCAAGCAAUAAAAUAUAUCAAAUAAAGAACACACCACAACAUCUCCCCCUUUCUUUUUACAAAAGAUAAGGGAAAGGUGUUGGGUUUGAUUGAACUUGCAAAACAAUGAAUGUAACAGAACAGAAACCUUACAGCAGUUAACAAUAUUGGAAUAUAUAAUAUUUUACAACAUAAGAUAUAAAACUGACAGGAAGAAUUAAACUUUCAUUUUCAUGUUGACUUUCUGGUUGUACUGAGGAGUUUCCAGCCAUCAUCUUCUUCUGCCGAAGAACAUUGAGUUCCAGGGUCUUCUUCCCCAAAGAAUUCAAUUCAUAACAUGGCAGACCUUGGUUUGAUUGUAAAAUUCUUCCUCUAAAAUAUAUAACUUAAUAACUGGGUUAUUUUUUGGGAUUAGGAGGGGGGCACAGAAAUACCUAAGUUUUUAAGGUGUAAAAUAUAUCUAUCAAUUAAAUUUCAUACAUAUUCAAUCUUGAAUAAUUUUAAAUUUAAAAUGUGUCAUUUUAUCUUUAAGUUUCCCCUUUAUUACCACUACCAUGAGUAUGUCCCUUCUGCAGGGCCCUCUGCAAGAAGGGUAAUACUCAGGGUUCAAAGGGGGCUACCAUAAGUGUGGCCUUUCUGCGGGGCCCUUGGCAAAAAAAGCGACACUUACAGUCUUUUAUAACACAACAUUAUUUCAGAGGCACACAUGAAUGUUAACUUUUCUCAACCUCUAUAAAAAAUGUGAAAAGGUUCUGGAGUACCAAGGGAAUGGGUGAGAGCUAGGGAAGGUUGCAAGGCAAGGAAAAGACAGAAGGGGAGCCCGGGAAGGCUGUAAGGCACUGGAGAGACUUGAGGGAGCCAGGGAGACGGUAGCAACCCUGCGCCUUCAAGUUUCUGCGGGUUGCUCCCUCCAAUCUAUCCAGUGCAACAAAACUUUAGGGCAAAAAGGCUGGGAUUAGGCAAGGUCGACAACAAAGUCCACACUCAUGAUGCUUCUCUAACUCAUAGUAACAUGAAAUUAAAAGGGAUUACCAGGUAGGGCAAAUUAGGAGGAUGGAUAGGAAACCUGAGCAGUCACUUUACAAUUAAACUCUUUUCUUUUUGUUUUUGUUCCUUUUGAUCUCUUUUAAUUUGAUAAUUCGUUGUGGCUGCUAUCUGAAUUGGGUCUAAUUCACAAGAAAUAUUACUAUAAAGUUGGUGACUGCUACAGGUAAUUAAGGGGGUGGGUGAGGGAAUGGAUCCAGGCGCCGCCGUCUUAGGGGGAGACAAGAUGGCGGUUUCUAGGUCCGGGUUUCCAGUUCCUCCUCCUCCAAGAGGGGGCCCCCCACAAAGGGGGAGGACAACCCUUCAAGAGAGGAGGUCCCCUGUAGGAGGGCUCCAGGAAGACCCGACUGGAGUCCCUCCCCCGAUGGGGGGGAACCGGAAGAAGGAUCAAGGUUUGCCACAACCCCACCCUCCCACAAAGGGGACUGGCCUACAACCCAAUCUGUGGGAGGUGGCCCUUGAGGAAGGAGUGGGGAGCAGCGGUAAAGCUGGGGCCGGGAAAGAAGGGUCAGGGUAGGAAAGUGGGCUCCAAGCGGCGUGGCCAUCGCCAUCUUGGAAAGGAGUGCUCAGCACACUGCAGUUCCCUAGUAAGGCCUGAACAGCUGCUGGCUGGGCACUUGGAGGGGUGCGGCCAACCAGGGGACAACCUGGGUUUGGGAUAUUUGUUCCCGGGUGCCAUCCCCGCUGCCAUCCCAGGUGCCAUCCCGGGUUUGGGAUAUUUGUG